AUGGAAACUCUCUCUCCCCCAACCCUCCCUCUGUUCUUCUCAUUCUUCAUCACCAUCUACCUCUUUGGCUACUUCAAAAUUUUCAAAUCCUGGACUGGUAUUUGCAGACCAGAAGCCUCAAGCUGUCUCAUAUCUCUAGCCCAUGGCACCCCAGCCUUCCUUCUCUCCACCCUCUCUCUCCACAACCACCACCCAACCACCACCUUUGCCUCCCCCAACACACACUUCCAAAACACAAUCCUCAACUACAGCAUAGCCUACUUCAUCGCAGACACCCUCCACUACCUCCUCUUCGUCCCCACAGAUGUCCUUUUCAUAAUCCACCACGUGGCCACCCUCUACGUCCUCGCCACUUGUCGCUUCCUCGUUGGCCACGGCGCCAUCGCCAUCCUUUCUCUCCUCGCUCUUGCUGAGGUCACCAGCGCCUGUCAGAACGCCUGGAGCCUCUCCAAGUUAGCUAGAACCGCCGUGUCGCCGCCGUGCUCCGCCGCCGCCGGAGGAGGAGCGGUGUAUGAGUUGUUGUCCCCUGUUUUUUAUGGGUUUUACACUGUUGUUAGGGGCGUGUUUGGGCCCAUUUUUGUGUAUAGGAUUUGGAGGGAGAAGGAAGAAAGAGCAGAUGAAGAUGAAGAUGAAGAUGAAGGAAAGGGAUUGAUUGGUCAUGCAAAUACUGAGUAA